AUGUUUACAUUAGGAAAAUUUCGUGAAGAGCAAAAUCUUCCAUUUGAUUUAUUAUCCGAUUUUAAUAAAGAUGUUUCUAAAAAAUAUGAUUCACUUUAUGAUGAAUUUCCAUUAUUUGGUCUUAAAGGUGUUACAAAACGAAGUGCUUUUGUUAUUGAUAAACAAGGUAAAAUAAAAUAUGCUGAAGUACUUGCUGAUGCAGGAAAAGUUCCUGAUUUUGUUAAAAUUAAAGAAACAUUAGAACAAUGUGGACACUAA